AUGUAUAAUAAGACGUGGGACGAAAACUCAUUCAAGUGUGUCUGGUGCUGUAGGAAUGUGUCUGGUGGUGUAGGAUGUAAGUUGGCCUACGAACCUAGAUGCGCGAAGCGGUUGCUAACUGUGUGUGUCUGGUACUAUAGAAAUGUGUUUGGUGGUGUAGUAGAGUACCCACGCCUAGAAAGAGAGGACAUCCCAAUCGGCUUCCCGGCUCUACCUGAUCCUUGGAACGCGGAAGAUUGGGAGUGCGAAGCUGGUCGUAUGGAGGACGUAUUCGCUUCAGCUUACUGCACAAUUGCUGCAACUUCGGCUGUCGAUUCAAACGCAGGGUUCCUCACCCGAAACAUAAGCACUGAGUACGUGCGUGUUCAAGACGCCGCAGACACCCCCGUCUUCAGCUCACAGCGAAAGGUUUAUUUCUCGCUAGACCCAAGCUUUCCAGAUCGUCUCCUCAAGUCAGGCAAAGAACGUACUGUGGAGUUCAUCCACUUUCUGUUCGAGAACUACUCGAAGCGUGGACUCACUAAGGACACCGACAGAUGCGUUGCAGUAUCUGGGUUAGAGGCCCGUAUUGCACGCGCGUUAGAAUGCAAUAGCAGACACGGCAUCUUUCAGAAACAUCUCCACCGGAACCUCCUGUGGCAGGCGUCGAACAGAGAGAUGGAGCGCAUUGCGUAUGACAACGACCAACACAUACCAUCGUGGUCAUGGAUGGCAUGUAGCGGAGGCAUUAGAUUUAUGGAGGUUGAGAUCGGCUCAGUCAGCUGGGCUGAUGAACUGGCUUUCGACGACGAGCGCGACUCUGCUGCGUUGAAUGCCGACGUGGGAAAGUUCCGGAAAUGCACUUUAAAGCCAGGCGGUGAUCGCUACACCAUCUCCAAUUUCUUUGGAGGGAAAAGAGGAUGGGUCCACUAUGAUGUUAAAAGCGGCAGAAGAGAGCACGAAGAACUAUGUGUUGUGGUUGGAAGGGCGGAGGAGAAAGCUAGCAAGGACCACUACUACAUCCUGGUUGUUGUGCCAACAGGGGAAGAUGGCGAGUACAAGAGGGUCGGAGUCGGCAUGGUUCGAACCAGAUGUGUUGAGAAAUUAAGAGCUCAUGUGCGAAUAGUGUAA